AUGGCACCUUGUGAGUAUGUUGAUGUUCCAAUUGGAUUUAAGUUUCGUCCAAGCGAUGAUGAGUUAUUGAGGUAUUAUCUUCUUAACAAGGUUUCUGGCACACCAUUUAAGUAUAGCAACGUUGUGUCAGAAUUCAAUCUUUAUGGUAAGAAAGAGCCAUGGGAUAUAUGGAAUGAUUUCGGUGGACAAAACUUAGAAAAGGGUGAAGACCUCUACUUCUUCACCAAAUUGAAGUUAGUGACCGGCAAGGGUUCCCGCGUGGCUCGAACAAUAGGGAAUGGAACCUGGAAAGGUGAGGACAGAGGGACCACGGUCCGUGAUCCUGCUAAAAAGAAUACGCCUUUAGGUCUGUGUAAAAGGUUUCGUUAUGAGAAUGAUAAAUCUGAUCAACAUGGCUGCUGGAUUAUGCACGAGUACAGCCUGCACCCUUCAUUGGUGAAGCCCCUGUCAAAUUCAAAUACUUGUGGGGGUGAUGGUAAAUACGUGCUCUGUCGAUUUCGGAAGAAUGACAGAAAGAGGAAGUUAUCAGAGAAUGAUGGUGUCGGUGGUCAUGCUCUAGUACUACAAUCCCCUACCAAGAUUCUAAGGCAACUAGAGAGCAGUGAUGAAGUCGUAUUAGGUGCUAACUGUACUCCAAUUUCUGAGGCUUCUGAGUUAUUUAUCUGGAAAUUGACCAACAGCUUUGUGGACCUCCACUCAAAGAGAAGUGCGGCAGAAAUGUGGCAAUUGAGAAACACGGAGGAAGCCAUAGAAUCGAACAGAAUUGGUUGUAUAUGGGCAUGGGACUAG